CCUUCCGCUUGCUGCAAAAGUGAAAUACAAACCUAACAGUGAUUAUUCAACCCUGGAUGAAUUACACAAGAUGUCCAAGGUGGUAUUGUUCACUGAGCGAAGCGUGGCGGUGGUCUGCUUAAUUCAGCUGCUGCUGGUUCAUGUGGCAACCCAGGGUCUCACAGACAUCCAGGCAGACUGCAGUGAGGACUUCUCUCUGCUCUGUCAGGGCGUCCAAGGCAGAGACAUCCGCUCCAUAACAUGGUACAAGUUCAUCAACCAGACUAGGCACGGCAUUAUCAGGAAAAUUGGGAACAAGAUGCAGGCCUUUGACUUUUCCCGUACAGCCAACAUUACAGAAGACUACAGUCUGUUGCUCAGUAGCGUAAAGCCUGAAGACUCGGGGACCUAUGAGUGCGCCAUCGGGGCAAAUGUAGGAGGUAUAAAUGUGAACUUCAGAGUCAACCUGAUUGUUUCAGAUUGUGUUACUGUGACUUCAGCGACAGAAACGUCACGUGUUACUCACACGGAGCCAUUCUCCCCCAUGCCCGUGAACGAGGUUCCUCUCAUACGGUGCAUUACAGGCUACUUGGUGGUAGCCCUUUCCAAAAUUGCUCUAUUUUUCAUCACCAUUGUGGUUUGUCGGACCAUGUGCAGCAGACUGUCUAGAAGAAAGCGACAAGACAAGUGGCACAGCUGAUUACAAGAGACCCUGUUGCUGAAAAGCUCAUGACUAUCCUGCAGAGCUUGUACAAUGUUGUAGCUGUUAAUGUAAAGGCACCGUGAACACGAGUCUGGUUCGGGACGUGUGUGUCUUUUUAACCGGUCACAUGGAAAUAAGUGUAUAUAUAGCAUGCACACAUUUUUGCACGUGCAAGUUAAAACGCACAUCUUUUUUAGUACCUGUUUCUGCAGUUUAGUAAGACAUGAAAACAGUAUCAAAGUGACGUCGCCUUUCCUUCUGUAAUGCCCCCUUGCUGCAGUGGUGGGCAUGACACUUUAAAUUAGCCCACUGGGGCGCCGGCGCCCUGAGUUCUUUUUAAAUAAUGUGUAGACAAUGGGUGUGUAUAAUGAUUUGAAGGCAAGUUUCCCUUCUUAUAGGUUCCUGUCAAAUAUUGUAAUGAGCCAUGAAUAUUCCCUCUUGACAUGAGUAAAGUUGCACUCCUAUCAAAUAUAAGGAAAAAGAAAAGUCUCCACUUUGCAGAGUAUACAUGAAAUUACAACAAAAUAAAAUAUUACC